CUCGUCUCCCUCAUAUUUACUCCUCCACACACAUCAUCCCAAGCACACAUCAACCAUGGUUUCUAUCCGCGUCGCCGUCGCCGUCGCCGUCUUGGCCGUCAUGUCCAACGUCUCUGCUAUCCCUGCCGCUCCCGCUGUUGCUCCUGAGGCGGUUGCUGCCGGAGAUGUUCCUCCCGGCUAUGCCUUCUGCACUGAGCGCCCUACCUACAUGGCCUGCUACAACCUCUGCGGUGGUGCUUACUGGUUCAUUGCCCCCAAGUGCUGCUGUCAGGCUAGCGCCUUACACCCAAUGUUUGGUGUGCAGGUGUUGCUUGCUACCGGGGGUCUUAUGGCUGAAGAUCUUAUGCGACUUUCACAAUCAAAAACGUGCAUCGUUUACACGGCUUCACCACAAACAAUGACUACACUCAAUGGUCCCACCGAAGGAAGCGGACUCAAAUAUGGAAAGAUGGACGACAAGCCGUAAAGAAACCGAC